ACCUGUGUUGUGUAGCACCUAUUGCAGUACACGGAUCUUGUGGUUGGGUUUAUAGCUACAGGUGUGGCAAAUCUACAGACCGGGUCACAGAGCUAGUAUAUAUAAAAACAACAUUCGGGAGUGUAAUAGCACCAACAAUCCAAGAUGGGGGCUCUUUUCCGCAGUGAAGAGAUGAACCUUUGCCAGAUAUUUCUACAGUCUGAGGCAUCGUACGCGUGUGUGUCUGAACUAGGAGAGUUGGGCCUUGUUCAGUUCAAGGAUCUAAAUCCUGAUGUGAAUGCUUUCCAAAGGAAGUUUGUCAAUGAAAUCAUGCGAUGUGAUGAAAUGGAGAGAAAGUUACGGUACAUUGAGAAGGAGAUGAAGAAAGAUGAAAUGAAAAUUCCUGACACGAUUGAAAACCCAAAGGCUCCAGCACCCAAAGAAAUGAUAGACCUGGAGGCAACAUUCGAGAAAAUUGAAUCCGAGCUUCGUGAAGUCAACACUAACGCCGAGGCACUGAGGAGAAACUUCCUGGAGUUGUCUGAGUUACGGGAAGUGCUGAAGAAGACACAAGUCUUUUUUGCAGAGCACGGCGGACAUCACAGUAUGAUUGACGAUGUUCAGAUGGCGCUGGUCCAUGAAGAUACUGGUAUUACUUCCACCACUGUACAACUUGGAUUUGUGGCUGGUGUGGUGCCCAGAGAGAAAAUCCCCGUGUUUGAGAGGAUGAUGUGGUUUGCCUGUCGCGGUAACGUGUUCCUGCGUUACGAGGACAUCGAUCAGGUCAUGAAAGAUCCUGUCACGGGAGAUGAAAUCUUCAAAUCCGUCUUCAUAGUAUUCUACCAAGGUGAACAGCUCAAGGCCAGAGUGAGAAAAAUCUGUGAGGGAUUUAAGGCUGUUUUGUACCCAUGUCCGGAGAAUUCCCAGGAGAGAUUUGAGAUGUCUAAUGGGGUAUCAACGAGACUGGAGGAUCUGAGAACUGUGUUGUACCAGACAGAGGAGCACAGGAGGCGAGUGCUGGCGAGCGCUCAGAAGGAGAUUCGACUAUGGGUAAUCAAAGUGAAGAAAAUCAAGGCGAUCUACCACACGCUGAACCUGUGUAACUUUGAUCUGUCUCACAACAGUCUGAUCGCCGAAUGCUGGUGUCCUGUCAUGGCACUGGAGGACGUGCAGAUGGCCCUUAGACAUGGAACGGAGCUGAGUGGAAGCACAGUACCAAGCAUUCUACACAGGAUGAAUACAAAGGAAACUCCACCCACUUACUUCCGCACCAACAAGUUCACGGCUGUGUUCCAAAGUAUCAUACACGCUUACGGAGUUGCUGAGUAUCAGGAGGUCAACCCUGCACCGUACACCGUCAUAUCUUUCCCCUUCCUGUUUGCUGUGAUGUUCGGCGACGUCGGCCAUGGUUUCAUCAUGUUUUUGUUUGGACUAUGGAUGAUUGCAUACGAGAAAAAGUUUCUUGCUCAGAAGUCGGACAAUGAGGUGUGGAACAUUUUCUUUGGUGGUCGUUACAUCAUUGCAAUGAUGGGUUUGUUCUCAGUGUAUACUGGUCUCAUCUACAACGAGGUGUUCGCCAAAUCUGUCAACAUAUUCGGGUCAUCGUGGAUUCCAAAUUAUGAUGAAGCAGCUCUGGAAGCCAAUACGGACCUGACACUGGACCCAUUAACUAUGUUUGAUAAUGUCACCGGACCGUAUCCCUUAGGUUUAGAUCCUAUAUGGCUGUCGAGUCUUAACAAGAUCACGUUCACCAACUCGUUCAAGAUGAAGAUGUCCGUCACUAUUGGCAUCAGCCAGAUGAUCUUGGGUGUGCUACUUGGCCUCGUCAACCACGUAUACUUCCGUAAGCCACUCAACAUUUUCUGCCAAUUCAUCCCAGAGUUGCUGUUCUUGUUGUGUUUGUUCGGAUAUCUAGUCGCUCUCAUCUUCUACAAAUGGGUCUCGUACACCAACCACUGUACACAGUGUGCUCCGUCCCUUCUCAUUCACUUUAUCAACAUGUUCCUUGUGAAAUACCAGCAUGCUAAUGAUGGCUAUCAGAACGCUUCAUAUAGCUGUGAAACAGCCGACCCAGACAUAACAGGAUGUACGUCUCAGACAACCUUCUACCCAAACCAGAUGAUCAUUCAGCUUUGUCUGGUAGUUGUGGCCCUGUUGUGUGUCCCUACCAUGCUGUUCAUCAAGCCUUUUGUUCUCCGACACAGACACAACAGCAUGUUGAAGAAAGUGGAAGGCAGAAGAGCAGGUCUUACAGCUGUUUCUCAGAGUGCCCUUAUCCACAAUGAAGAAUUGGAUGAACAGUCUGGUACUGGAAACGGUACCGCAGACAAAGAGCAAGCUAUCUCCGAUAUUGAGCUUGGGUCUAGAAGACAUCUGUUGGAAGACAAUGUGAACGAAACCCCGAUAACUGUCCGUUCGUCCGAGGUGAAACUGAGCAUCAACGGGGACGGUGGGGAACAUAACCAUGCUGAAAUGGAGGACCAGAGUGCUGAUGAUGUGAAACUAGAAGAGUUUGACUUCAGCGAGAUAUUUAUCGGUCAAGCGAUCCACACCAUAGAGUAUUGCCUUGGCUGUAUCUCCCACACAGCGUCUUACCUCCGAUUGUGGGCCCUCAGUCUCGCUCACUCACAGUUGUCCGAGGUUCUGUGGGGAAUGCUGUUCCGUUUCAGUCUGAAGAUGAAUAUACCAUAUGGAGGCUCCGUGAUUAUCUUUGUGGUGUUCUCAGUGUUCGCUGUGCUGACUGUUGGAGUACUCUUGUUGAUGGAGGGACUGUCUGCUUUCCUCCACACCCUCCGUCUUCACUGGGUCGAGUUCCAGAGCAAGUUCUACCAUGGGAGUGGUUACAAUUUUGAUGCAUUUAGCUUCAAAAAUCUCCAAAACGCUGAUCUGGACGAGUAGAAUUGAAACCAACUCUUGGAGUUCAUAAUACAGAGAACAACCAUAAUGUGAAAAGUGUGAUAGCUUCUUGCCAUGUAUAUAACAUAUAUAUAUAUAGAUAAAUAUAUAUAUAAAUGUACCGUACUCCAGAAAAGACAAUUGAUUCCAAGUGACAGAUGAUUCAUAUUAUAAUUAAUCAUGAUUGACAACGAAAAAGUUAUCCCACUGUAGGUAAUAUAAGUUCCAUUGCCAGUUGAAAAUAUUCCAGCUACAUCGGGGUACAUUUUAUCAUUUUCUCGGGAUAAACGGUCUAAUUGUAGGCUUUAGGUAACAUGGGACCGUAUGACAUGAAACAUUCACGGUGGAGAUACAAUGUUAUGAUGUAGAAGUAAACAUUACUUACUAUAGAACAUUGAAGAACAAUUCAUCAAAAAGACGAAAUAAGAAUAUUCAUUUUCAGUACUACAUAUGAUUUGCCAAAAUUGUUUGCAACUAUGAUUGAAUGCUAUUUUAGCUAAACAAAAUUUGCCAAAACAUCACCAAGCCUUCUGGUUUUGCCGAUAGUCAACUGUAUUUGUUCCCUUUGAAUAUGUGUAAUCAAGGAAAGCCUGCAUUAGAUGUUGAAGUUUGUACUACAUUCCUCUUAUUAAACUAGAUACUGCCUAUCCUGUAAUCGGAGUAGUUAAAGAGGUAGUUGCUCUAGAUGUAGACAUCAAAGUCAUAGAAAUUUUAUUUUCCAUAAAGUGUCUGAUUAGCCUAGCCAGUUGUUGUUACUUACUGAAAUGCGAUUUUUGAGAAAUGCCUAAAAAAUUACAAAUAUCGUUGGACAAUUAGUGUACUGUUAGGCUGAGGGUUAGAGUUACUUUUGAAUUCAAGUAUGUUUGAAUAGUUACCAUAUGGAAGGUUUUAAUUUACCUGUCGUUAAAAUAACCAUGCUUUGAACAACUUGGUCAUGAAGACAUAUUUUGCAGAUAAUGUGGAAAAAAAUAUUGUCUUGAAAGAAGAUUGGUGUUCACCAUGUUUCAGAAGCAUUUCAUUCAAGACAUUUAUAUUGAGGGUUGCGUUGUCCACAGCCAUGAAAAGAAGCCACUUACAAAUAUUUUUCGCAGCAGUGGUUAUAUUUAUCAUGGAAUAGGUCCAGAAAAAAUGCACCAUCCACAUGGUCUUAAAGGUCAUUACUAUCAGGUAUUCAAAACAAGUUAUAUGUCAACUUUAACUUUAUAUAUCCCACUGAUAUCAAUGAAUCGCAUAAUGUUUUAUCAACCACUACAUUUCAUUCUUUUGCACAAUGUAUAGAACCAGAGAAUUUCUGUAUUUUUCUUGCACAAGUUUUAUAUUAAUAUAAAAAUUCAACUUCUAAUACAUUUGAAGCUUAAUGCUUCUGAUGGAAAAACCUUAGGUCAGCAGGAAAUUAUAAAGCUGAUCCAACCGUUACCUACUAGACAGGACGUUCAUAACCCUGAUUGUUUCCUCAUCAGUUCGAAUGAUGAAUUCAUACAUUCUUACAGCAAAGUUGUU